AACUAAACCUACUUUUAUACAGAAACUAUGUCGUGAAAUACGGAGACGCGCGACCUUUUUAUGACAGCCGGAAUCCGCAUGCUAAUUCCAACCUGAAUUUUAAGGACAUCGAGGACAGCUGGUCAGAAUGAAUAUUCGCUGUGCCACUCCGGAUGACUUGAUGAACAUGCAGCAUUGCAACCUGCUGUGUCUGCCAGAAAACUAUCAGAUGAAAUACUACUUCUAUCAUGGACUCUCAUGGCCACAGCUGUCAUAUGUAGCCGAAGAUGAAAAUGGAAAGGUUGUGGGAUAUGUCCUAGCGAAAAUAUCUCUUUGUAGGGAGGAGGACCCGGAGGACUCGGUGCCGCACGGACACAUCACAUCACUGGCUGUGAAGCGGUCACACAGACGACUCGGCCUGGCCCAGAAGCUGAUGGACCAGGCAUCCCGUGCAAUGGUGGAAUGUUUCAACGCUCAGUACGUCUCCCUCCACGUCCGGAAAAGCAACAGAGCUGCUCUACAUCUCUACACAAACACUCUCAAGUUUACGAUCAGCGAGAUCGAGCCCAAAUACUAUGCAGAUGGAGAGGAUGCCUACGCCAUGAGACGAGAUCUUUCGGAGUUUAGAGAAAGAUAUGGAGUUAAACAAGAAAUAGAAGGAAAUACAUCAUAGAAUUUCUGCAUCAUCAAGAAUAUGUGUUUGUGUGUGUAUGUAAAAACGAAAAACCAUCAAAAUAAACUGUAUAUAGAUC